CUCACAGCCCACAGCCCACUACUGUACUCCGUAUAACACUUCCUCCCUUUGCUAGUGGCACCCGAAAACCCAAUUCCCCAAAUCCUUGCGUGCGCCUCUCUCAUGGAGGCUUCAGGGAGUCCAAGACGACUGAAGGGACACACAGCCACCGCUACUUGCUGCAUCGCCUCUCGCCAACGCCCUGGUGUCAUUUUCACCGCCGCCGAGGAUGGUUGCAUGUGUUUGUUCGACUUGCGAUGCAAAGAUGUUCAACUAGUCAUGAAGCUAGGCAGUGACACUAUUUCGUCAUUGUGUUUCAAAGAAGGGAAUGAAAAUAUGGUAUACCUUUCCUCUGGGACAGACGUCAGAUGCUUUGAUGUUCAAAUGGCUACGUUAGAGAAGCCCAUGGAGAGCUACAAAUACAACAAAGAGGAAAUAAACCAGAUAUCAUGCAACUUGAAGUCAUCCUUUCUUGCUGCUGCAGAUGACAGUGGUGAUGUGAAGAUAAUUGAUAUCCAACGACAAUGCCCUUUCAAAACAUUGAGAUCUGGUCAUGAUAGUAUAUGUAGCAGUGUACAAUUUGUUCCUUGGAAGCCUUGGGAAGUUAUUACAGGGGGUCUGGACUCCAAGAUGAUCGUGUGGGAUUUCUCCAAGGGACGACCAUUCCUUGUUGUGGAUUUUGGUAAGCUGGAGGAAAGCAGUAGAAAUACCGGACAGUUUUACAACCCAGCUUUCAUUCAUGCCAUAGCUGUUCCCGAAGUAGACAUGUUGGGGAAGUUAGGAAAGGCAUGUGCUGUUGCAAGAGGUGAUGGAAUUGUCAGCUUAAUCAAUCUAGAAGCAGAACUUGCUGCUGUUAAGUCAAAAGGGACCCCCAAACCUUGUAAAAUCCCCGAAAGCAGGUCAUGUAAUGCUGCUUCUGUCUCAGAUGUUGAGACAAAGAGCCAAAAUGAGGUGACAAGGUUGCAUUUGGAUUAUACAGUUGGAGGCCAUACAGCAGCUGCUUCUUGUGUGACAUUUUCAACGUUUGGAGAGAGAGGGAAGUUCAUAAUAUCUGGAGGAAAUGAUAAAUCAGUGAAGAUUUGGGAUUGGUCUCAUUCUCUUAAUGAGGCACAAACAACUGCGGACACAGCUUCUGUUUCUAGCAUUGAUUUGCCAAAAAAAGUUAACUGGCUGUGCACUACCCCAACUGAUUCAGAAAACCUUGUUAUAUGUGAUACAUCCAAAGUGGUUAAGGUAAGCAUUGAAAAACUCGAGGUUAUUUAUAGAGAAACAAAGAAAAAACAGCUAAAGAUGAUGCAAUCUGGCCUUCCUCAUUGCAACACUUGCGGUGAGCCUGUGGGGCUUGAUUCAAAUGGAAAUGUGUUUGUGGCUUGUCAUGAAUGCAAUUUUCCUGUUUGUAAGCCUUGUGUUGAUUACGAAAUCAAGGAAGGUAAAAUGGCUUGCUUCCGUUGUGGUGCUCCCUAUCAAGAUGCUACGACGUAUGAUGAUGCUGGUGUAGAAUCAUCUGUUAGUCAUAAAAACAAAACAAGCCACCUCACUAAUGAGCAGCAGGAACUUGGACUACAUGCCCGAAAUAUGAGCAGCAUCUCGACAGCUGAUAGUGAACUAAAUAGUGAAUCUGGAAGCUCGAUAUGGAAGCAUCGGGUUGAGAGUUGGAGAGAGAGGAAAGACAAGAAGAAAAGGCAUGGUGUUAAAGUUUCAAAAGAAGCUGAUCAAGUUCCACCAGAACAACAGAUGGAAGAAAAACAGUUUACAGAAGCUGCUGCUGCACAGCCACUUUCAAGAAUUGUUCCAAUCCCAAGAACCAAGAUCACCUCAUACAGGAUAAUGAUCAUUGUGCGGCUCAUAAUUCUUGUACUGUUUUUUCACUAUAGAUUAACAAAUCCAGUGGAUAGUGCCUUUGGUCUAUGGCUUACUUCUGUCAUCUGUGAGAUCUGGUUUGCUUUUUCCUGGAUAUUGGAUCAGUUCCCUAAAUGGCAACCUAUCAAUAGGGAGACAUUCAUCGAUCAGUUGUCCUUGAGGUACGAAAGAGAAGGAGAAACUUCACAGCUUGCAGGUGUGGACUUCUUUGUGAGUACGGUGGAUCCAUUGAAAGAACCACCUUUAAUCACAGCAAACACUGUGCUUUCCAUCCUUGCUGUGGACUACCCUGUUGACAAAGUCUCCUGCUACGUAUCUGAUGAUGGUGCUGCAAUGCUUACCUUCGAAUCACUUGCUGAGACUUCUGAAUUUGCAAGGAAGUGGGUUCCUUUUUGCAAGAAAUAUGAGAUUGAACCGCGUGCUCCUGAGUUUUACUUCUCAAAGAAGAUUGAUUACCUUAGGGAUAAAGUGCAGCCUUCUUUUGUCAAGGAACGCAGGGCCAUGAAAAGAGAUUAUGAGGAAUACAAAGUGAAGAUGAAUGCUUUAGUUGCCAAAGCACAGAAAACUCCAGAAGAAGGCUGGACUAUGGCAGACGGAUCACCUUGGCCUGGAAACAAUUCUCGUGAUCAUCCAGGAAUGAUACAGGUUUUCCUUGGAAGUACUGGUUCUCCUGAUAUAGAAGGUAAUGAACUUCCAAGGCUUGUUUAUGUCUCAAGAGAAAAGAGGCCAGGAUUUCAACACCACAAGAAAGCAGGUGCUGAGAAUGCUUUGGUCAGAGUAUCUGCUGUCCUGACAAAUGCUCCCUACAUUUUGAACCUUGAUUGUGAUCAUUAUGUCAAUAACAGCAAAGCAGUUCGUGAGGCAAUGUGCUUUCUGAUGGACCCGGUAGUAGGUCAGGAUGUGGCUUAUGUUCAGUUCCCUCAAAGAUUUGAUGGCAUUGACAAGAGUGAUCGAUAUGCAAACAGAAAUGUUGUUUUCUUUGAUGUUAAUAUGAAAGGGCUUGAUGGGAUUCAAGGGCCAGUUUAUGUCGGAACUGGUUGUGUAUUUUAUAGGCAAGCACUGUAUGGAUAUGGACCAUCAUCAUUACCUAGUUUAUCCAAACCAUCCUCAUCUUCCUGUUGUUGCUGCCCUUCCAAUAAAAAAACAGAAAAAGAUGCCUCAGAGGUUUACCGUGAUGCAAAACGUGAUGAUCUAGAUUCGGCCAUAUUUAACCUCAAAGAACUCAACAAUUAUGACGAGUAUGAUAGAUCAAUGCUAAUCUCUCAAACAAGCUUUGAGAAGACAUUUGGAUUAUCUUCUGUGUUCAUCGAGUCCACAAUGAUGGAGAAUGGAGGUGUUCCAGAUUCGGCUAACUCACCAACAUUGAUCAAGGAAGCAAUACAUGUCAUUAGCUGUGGAUAUGAAGAAAAGACAGCCUGGGGCAAGGAGAUUGGAUGGAUAUAUGGAUCUAUUACAGAAGAUAUAUUGACAGGGUUCAAGAUGCAGUGCCGUGGUUGGAGGUCAAUAUACUGUAUGCCUUUAAGGCCUGCCUUUAAAGGGUCUGCACCCAUUAACUUGUCUGAUAGACUUCAUCAAGUUCUUCGUUGGGCACUUGGAUCAGUAGAGAUUUUCUUCAGUAGACAUUGUCCACUCUGGUAUGGAAUUGGAGCUGGCCGUCUUAAGUUGCUUCAAAGAUUAGCAUAUAUUAAUACCAUUGUUUACCCUUUUACUUCCCUCCCUCUCGUUGCUUACUGCACACUUCCCGCUAUCUGCCUUCUUACUGGAAAGUUCAUCAUACCAACUCUAUCAAACCUGGCAAGCAUGCUCUUCUUAGGCCUCUUCACGUCCAUCAUACUCGUGAGUGUUUUGGAACUAAGAUGGAGUAGAGUUGGCAUUGAGGACUUGUGGAGGAACGAGCAAUUCUGGGUUAUCGGAGGAGUCUCUGCUCAUUUGUUUGCUGUAUUCCAAGGACUCCUUAAGAUGCUUGCAGGUUUAGACACCAACUUCACUGUCACAUCCAAAUCAGCUGAAGACACUGAAUUUGGAGAACUCUAUCUUUUCAAGUGGACUACCCUUCUUAUCCCUCCCACUACCCUCAUUGUCCUCAACAUUGUUGGGGUGGUGGCUGGAUUCUCCGAUGCCCUGAAUGGCGGCUAUGAUUCGUGGGGCCCACUCUUCGGAAAAGUCUUCUUUUCCUUUUGGGUCAUCCUUCACUUAUACCCCUUCCUUAAGGGUCUCAUGGGAAGGCAAAACAGGACACCUACUAUUGUGAUCUUGUGGUCAGUGCUCUUGGCUUCAGUUUUCUCCCUUGUUUGGGUUAAAAUCGACCCGUUUAUCAGCAAGCCAGACAGUAAGACUAUCGCUCAGAACUGCAUUUCCAUUGAUUGUUGAGGGCCAAGCAAAACCCAUAUUAUAUAAAUUUUGUUAACUUUUUAAAUAUUGGUUUUUUUGUUAUAUGUAUAAACUGAUCAAAAGUUUAUGGAGUAAAUUUUUAGUGAAUUCCA